AGCCAACGGUGGCAAGUACACAGACAAAACCAAACCGUUCACUUUAAUACAUUUAUUUAAUAUCUUUGUACUAUUAUUAUUUUUUCCGUACUUUAAGAGUUUCGCUAAAUCCCGAAAACGGUUCUCCCGACAGGGCAGACAACUUAUCUGCGAGGCUAUAAUUUAUUGUGAAAGUUGGAUUAGAGCGGAGCCGCGUGAACUCACCGGGAAUACGCGGCUCAGAUGAUGAGCAGCGGUGAAAGAUCACAUCUGCAGAAUCGGCGGAAUCCCGUGCUGUCAACGGCAGCGAGGCCAGUGUAGAUAAGCCCCCUUAUGAAGUGAAAACUCUUCUCAGCUCUGCAGUAUCCCAUCCCAGCACCAACAGCAGGAAUAAGGGAUGUCACAGCUGUUCCUCUUUUUGGCAGUGCUCAUUGUCUCCUGCAGUAUCCAGGUUUCUGCUGUUGUUUCCCUGCAAAAGGUGACAGAGCGCUGGGAAUUGUACAGGAAAGAGUGUGAACGCAACAACAGCCAAAAUCCACCAAGCACCGGCCUGGUGUGCAACAGGACUUUUAAUAAUUAUGCCUGUUGGCCCGAUGGACUCCCUAACACUACUGUUGUUGUGCCAUGCCCGUGGUAUUUGCCCUGGCACCGUAAAGUUCAGCAUGGCGUGGUGUAUCAGGAAUGUGAUGUGAAUGGCCAGUGGGUGACUACAUAUAAUACCAGCGAAUGUGAUUCUCAUGAACAAGUACAACAUCUGCAGUACUAUGUCCAUAUUCGGAUCAUGUACACGGUGGGCUAUUCCUUAUCCCUGGUGGCUUUAGUGUUGGCUCUUGGCAUUCUCAUAUUCUUUAGGAAACUCCACUGCAUGAGGAACAACAUCCACAUGAAUCUUUUUGCCUCUUUCAUCCUGCGAGCUUUGUCUGUCCUCAUCAAAGAUGCUCUGUUCGAAACCAGCCACAUAGCACAGGGCUUGAACAGAGACGAGGAGCAGGGAUUCCCCCCUGCAUCUAUAGCUCCAAUAGAGCUGCUGGUCAACAACGAGACAAUGGUCAGCUGUCGCAUCGCCAUGGUUAUGAUGCAGUAUAGUAUCAUGGCUAACAGCUACUGGUUGCUGGUGGAAGGCAUCUACCUCCACAACCUCCUGGUCAUCACUGUGUUUACGGAGAGGAACUACUUCAAAAUUUACCAGUGCAUCGGUUGGGGUACCCCAUUAAUAUUCCUCGUGCCAUGGGUGGCGAUUAAAUACCUGUAUGAAAAUCAGGAUUGCUGGGAGCAAAAUAUAAACAUGAAAUACUGGUGGAUCAUACGCGCUCCGAUACUGGCAGCUGUUAUGAUCAACUUCCUUAUCUUUAUCCAUAUCAUCAAAAUUCUCGUGUCAAAGCUUCGAGCACACCAAAUGAGAUACACAGACUAUAAGUUCCGGUUGGCUAAGUCAACGCUAACCUUGAUCCCGCUGCUCGGGAUCCAUAACGUGGUCUUUAUCUUCGCAACAGAUGAGUCCACCAGUGGCAGCAUCGGCUUGCGUCUCACCAGGCUCUUCUCUGACCUCUUCUUCUCCUCCUUCCAGGGUCUCCUGGUGGCAAUCUUGUACUGCUUUGUCAACAAAGAAGUGCAGUCCGAGAUCCUGAAGAAGUGGAAGCGCUGGAAGCUAGGGAGGAACAUUGAGGAGGAGUACCGCCACACCUAUAGCAAUACCCCAAACACAAAAACAGCCAGCCUCUUAAACCACGCCCCUCGAAUGCCUCACCUCCCAGACAUCGCCAAAACCACCGCCCCAGUUUGUAGCCCCGAGGAGAGGCACAUGCUCGUCGCUAGCAACCAAAAUGGCAUGGUCCACAGUACAGAGGAAGGGAAGUGUGCCUCACUGCUGCACGAGGGGACCAUCGGCAACUAUAUCCUGGUAGAGGACAUCAGCAUUACUGACAAGCUGCAGUGUUACGAAGUGCAGAAAGAGAACAUGGAGAGCCACCUGUGAAAGCUACUGGGACUACUUAAAAAAGGAAGCUGGAUGGCUUUGGGCUCUCAUCGUGCUCUGACAGACUGACUUGCUCAGCUGUAAAGAGCCGAGUUAAUGGUGUCACUUUUCAGGUCGGCCCUCAGAGAUCUGCGUCACUGGAGAGCUGUCGCCACAGUCUGAGAGGAGGAUCAGGAAGGGCAUCCACGCUGACAUUUCGAAUGUGCUGCGAGUCUCGUGAACGGAUUAGUUUAGAUGUUUUGUAGCACAGAAUAAGAAGCUGCUGCAUGCUGAACAAUUUUUGCAACAGCAUCCCGAGGCAGAUAAGCCACGGAAGAUCGUAAUGACAUACCAAACAUGAAACCUGAAGUAACAAAAGCACCAAAAAAUAAAUAAAUAAACCCCAACUGUAAAGGUCACAGGGUCCUUGCUUGAGCCUCUGCUUUAACUUAUCCUAUCUAUCAAAUUUCUGGUACUAAAGUUUAAAUACAAAGAGAGCAUUGAACUGAAUACACACAAAAAAGACUACAAAAUAUACAAAAUAACAUGCGGUAGGAACAGAUGGGAAACCUUUUUUUUUAUAUAUAUAUAUCUGCUUUGCUCUAAUAUCUGUAAAUGUUUUCCUGUCUAUGUGAUUUAGAUGAAAAUGUGCAGAAAAAAAAGAAACAUUCUGUUGACUAUACCUCAAACAAUAUGGUGACCACAGUGUUGUUCAAGUGACCUCAUUCAGGGCUCAUGGGAAACUGGCAGCUGCUGUCCCCAGGUCCUUCUCGUCUUGCUUGUCGACAUUAAAGGAGGUCAAGUGAUGGUAUAGGACCAAUUAUAAAUAAGCUAAAAUCAUCAUCACUUGACUUUCUUAUGUCUUUUAGAUUAAAAUACAUCUUUUUUAUAUUAGUUGAAUACUGCUGAUUGCUAUUGUUGCAGCUGUUUAAACUUGCCGUGUAUGUUUUAAGGUGAUAGUUGAAUUCCUUUGCCACUACACGCAUUUCCUUUUCUACCUUUUGCCAUCAAGAUGUUGUCUGAAUGACAUGCCUCGCCCCUGAAUCCAGGGUGGUUAUCCAAUCAAGGAUAAAAAUACACACAACUUUACGACCUGUAAAGGUGUGACUCCAGCAUCGUUCCUAAAAAUGGCGCGUCACCUCUGGCAUGAGGAUGGUCCCGGGACUUCAUGCAUGAAGACUGCGUAAAUUUUGCGAGCUUAACUUAAGAGUUGUGUGAAUAAUCACUCUACGGUGCCAUUGUGUCAGACGAAAACGUCUUUGCUAAUGACUGCUAGUGACUGGAUUCGCCCAGUAACCAUACCAACAGAGUCUAAUGUGCAACCGUACCAUGUCUGCAGUGGCUGUGAACACUUUUGAACAAAACUCUGCAUCACAAAAGCUGAACAAGCAUGCUUUGGCGUGGCAAACAAAGCUAAUCAGACAGUGGUACAUUUGUGUCUGAUUGCAUUUAUUUUCAAAGAAGGGAAGCAACCUGCAGAGCAGAAAUGAAUAUCUGAAUUGCUGAAACCUUUUGCCAGAACUAACUGAACUUGACUUUGUAUGUAUCUAUUUGCACAAUGUUAAUUUAUAAUUGGAAGAUACCAUGUCUCUCUAUAUAUGUGUUUAUACAGGUGAUUUUAUUUGAUUGCAGUCCAUAUUUCCCACGCAUGUCUUUGAGUGGGUGUGUGUAUUUUCAGGGUAUGAAUGUGUGUAGUUUCAGUAUUCCAGAUUUGUGGAUGUAAGAUGAAUAAUGGGCUGCCAGCAGAGGCUUGAUAAAAACCAGUGCAAGUGGCUUGACACAGAGCGCAGAGGUCAGAGGUUAGUAUGAGUCAGUCUCCCUCUAGCAUAUACAGUAAAGAACCACAGGACAUUCCCAAACACCAUGCCUGUAUAAGGCAAGAAGAAGACACAGCUCUCUGUUUUAUAAUGGAAACGACUCAUUGUGAUUCCUCAGUGCCAUUUUGUAGCCCACAGCGGCAACAUGUUUCUCAUUCAGAUCAAGAUUCUGUUCAUUAACACUUCAGUCAGUUCCUGCUGUUGAGGUGGGAAAAAAUUGUAGGCUGAGGUUGUUUUUCAUCGCCAUCUGCUGAGGAUAGUAAUAGAGCAGGUAGACAGCCACAUUUUUGCUGGGAAGUACAUCGACCGUGGUUCUGCCACAAGUAUCUUUGCAGUGUUUUUUUAGAUCUUUUUUUCAUUGUUUUGUAGACAUUUCACAAAGUAAUAAAGGAAUGUUGUACACGUCAAAGAAAAUAGGAUUCAGUAGAGCUAUAUCCUAAUUUAGCUUCAAGCUACUACAUGUAUUUUAAGCUGUGACCAUAACCAUGUUUGCAUUUAAAGUUAGGAGCUUGGGUCACUCCCUUUCCUGGAUCAAAGUGGUUCUGUCUGAAUGUAUUCUUUAAAAGGCUCAACUCAGUAUGUUUCUUUUUCUCUUCUCUUAAAGGUGGUUAUGUAAAGUUUAUGUGGUGUGAAGAAUCGGUCAGUAUAUAAACCGACUGCGUCCAGGUGUAUACAAUUCAUCAUAUAUUGUGUCCGCUUUGUGCAAAUGGUAAAAGAAUAAAUAACAGUGUAUUCGAAAGUUGAUUUUAACUUGCAGUGGCUUUUGUAUUGGUGAAUAUUCAUGAUGUUACAAUAAA